UUUAAUCCAAUAAUUCUCAAAGAAUUCAAAGUAACCAAAUAAUUAGAUAGGCCGCCAACUUGAGCAAGUCAAUAAGUUAUGGAGUCUAGUGAACUGCAAACCGUGUGGGUGAAAACGGAGGCGAACGAUGUCACAGAAGACAAGCCUCCGGGGUCUGCCGUGGUUAAACUCGAACCCAUGGAGGGGGGCUUGAGCGAAUCCAAUGUUCCCGGAGUGCUGCAGCCCCACGACCUGGUGUUUACAAAACACAUGUGCGUCAAGGUCGAAGCGGAGUUUGUAAAGGACGAGGAGGGAGAGGGCGCAGGAGGAAACGAGACAGCAGAUCUUUGCGAGAAAGAGGCAGGACCAUGCCAGAACGAGACGGCAGAGGAAGGUGAACCGCAAGGGGAAGUUUCCCGCUCUGCCGAGGUCCCUGUCAGAAAUAAACGUGCCACUUCCAACUCGGACCGAUAUAAAUGCGAAUGUGGCAAAAAAUUCAAGCAAUUGAGCAACUUAAAGGAGCAUAGACGAAUACACACCGGGGAGAAGCCGUACGCCUGCAAUGUGUGCGAGCAGCGCUUCGCCAAACAGAACUCGUUAAAGAACCAUGAGCGACUUCACACUGGGGAGAAGCCAUAUGCAUGUGGAAACUGUGAUAAGCGUUUCAGGCUCUCGGGUACUUUGAAGAAACACGAACGUCUUCAUACGGGAGAAAAGCCGUAUUCGUGCAAAAUAUGUCAGAAAGCGUUUACACAGUUAAUCGGUUUGAAAAGACAUGAACGAGUUCAUUUAGAAGAAAGCGUCGCUACUCCCCUUCCCCUUCCCUGCGAAGUGUGUGAUAAGCGAUUUUCGUCCCCGAGCGAAUUAACCAGACAUCAGCGUGUUCACACCGGGGAAAAGCCGUAUUGGUGCGAUAUUUGCCAAAAAGGGUUUGCACAAUUAGCUGCGCUAAAACAACAUAAAAGAACUCACACAGGGGAGAAACCGUACACCUGCGAAACGUGUAAAAAGCGAUUCGCAGAUUUAAGAGUUUUAAAAGAGCAUGAACGAACGCACACGGGUGAGAAACCUUAUUCCUGUCAAACGUGUAAAAAGGAGUUUGCACGAUUGAGCACUUUAAAAAAACAUGAGCAAAUUCAUACUGGUGAAAAAAGAUUUUCUUGCGAUAUAUGUAGGAAAGAGUUCAGGCAAUCUGGCGCGCUCAGCCAGCAUAUACGAGUACACACGGGGGAAAAGCCGUACACGUGUAAAACGUGUCAAAAGGAGUUUCCACGAAUGGAUGCUUUGAAGAGACAUGAAAGAAUACAUACGGGUGAGAAACGAUAUUCCUGCGGAGUAUGUAAAAAGGAGUUCACGGAUUCUGGAAAUUUAAAAAAGCACGAAAGGGUUCACACUGGUGAAAAACCGUAUGCAUGUGAAAUUUGUAAGAAAGCGUAUAGAGAAUUAGGUAGUUUGAAGAAACAUACACGGACCCAUGCAGUUGAAACCAAUAAUUGAGUCCAUGUGCAUUAACUAUCGAACAUAUCAAUAGUUUAUCUAAUGUAUAUUAACGUUUUAUUUAUUAUACAGGGACUCUUGCAACAUAAAUAUUCCUAGUUCAGGAAAUCAAUGCUUGUUUUAUA